CCGUUUCUAGCUUCAGUCUAUUAUAGAACGUAGUGUCCAAUACACCUGGAGUAUAUUUAAUCAUGAUACCUGGUAUGCAUAGUAUACCUAGCUCUCAGCUUCUUCCGAUGUUGCAUCAAGCCUGGUUAUCCCGAGCAAGUACCCCGGGAAAUAACAGUUUUAUUCAAACAUCAGCUUUUGGAUUUCCCCAACAUAAUCUAGGAUUUCCUUUUCCAAAUCCAUUCCUUGUUCAACCAGGAGCAGGCAGUCCUGAGCUCAACCUGGAGAAACGGCGGAGUAGAGAGGAGGCGGAGGAUCUAAGCUUUGGGAAGAGGUUUAAGGCGGAGCUUAUCUGCCCUAUCUGCAGUAUUGCGGUAAGAAGAGAAGAUUUAGUUGAACAUUUUGAAACCGAGCUCAAAUGUUUAGAUAAUAUCCGAACCUUGUCUCCAAUAGCUAGACCAGUCUCGAGAUCCUACUCUACCUCUCCCAAUAAAUCCUCCAGCUUGUCUCCCAGUAGUCCAGGGUACCUGGAGAACCGAUGGGAACGGUUCCAGCGAAUCCGGUCCAAACGUCGUGAACGUAUCGGGGUAAAGUACCAGAGAAGAGCUCAGAGACUCGAAUUGGCGGAGAAAGAAGAAGAAAUUGAUAUCGGAGAUAGUCUUAGUGAUUGUGGGUCCGCAUCCGAUACAGAAUCCGGCUCCGCCUUCGGUCCAAUGCAGUACACCGAGGCUGAUGUUCUCCGGUCUCUGAACGAGCCAGCGGAAGAAAGAACGGAGAAUAACAACACUAGCGGAAUGAAAUGUUCAUCUUGUUCAUUAUCCAUGAUAACUCCGGUUUUGAACACAAGCUGCUGGCACCUACAAUGUGAACGAUGUUGGCUACGAACUGUUGGAACUUCUAAAAUUUGUUCAACCUGUUCCGCCCCAGCUUCAGUCAGAGAUCUCCGAAAAGUUCAUGUUUAAGAAAAUUGCUGAAACAGAAAAUUUGAAAUAUGUAUUUUAUAUAAAAUAAAAGUUUAGUCAUAACA